AUGGGUCUGAAAUUGGGUACUGUUGGAUCUGGUCCAGUUCAAGAGCCCAGCCCAGAAAUGGCAAGUGGAGAUGUGCCCGUUGCACAGGUGGGAAAACAGACUCCUGUGGUUCAAGCUCCUCUUACUGCAAGUCAUGCAGAAAGACCUGAGAAGUUUGAUGGAGAGAAUUUCAAAAGGUGGCAACAGAAGAUGUUGUUUUACUUGACUACAUUGGGCCUUGCAAGAUUCCUAACUGAGGACGCACCACCUAGUAGUGAAGAGAGUGACAGAGAAACUCUAAUGGUGGUGGAUGUGUGGAAGAAUUCCAAUUAUUUAUGUCGGAAUUAUGUCCUUAAUGGCCUAUCUGAUUCCAUAUAUGGAGUGUACUGUAGCGCGAAGUCAGCGAAAGAGCUGUGGAAAACUUUGGACCGUAAGUACAAGAUCGAGAAUGCUAGAUCCGGAAAGUUUGUGGUAGGCAAAUUUUUGGACUAUAUGAUGGUGGAUACCAAGCCACUAAUGAGUCAGGUACAUGAGUUACAAGUGCUCAUCCAAGAACUUCUUGCUGAAGGAAUGAUCAUUAAUGAAGCCUUUCAAGUGGCUUGUAUGAUUGAGAAACUACCUCUAAGCUGGAGUGACUUCAGGAAUUAUCUGAAGCACAAAAGAAAGGAGAUAGAUAUGGAGACUCUUGUUAGCAAGCUUCACAUAGAAGAUGAUAAUAGGAGAUUUGACAGGAGAUCCAUAAAGGCCACUGUGAAGGCCAAUGUUGUGGAGCAUAGGAGUAGCUCCAAAAGUCAAAAGAAGAAACCUGGAAUGAGUUCCAAGUUGGGGCCUAAAUGA